AACAAAACAAAAAAACCAACGCCGACCCUUCUUCUGUCAGUCCCGGAGAAGCCCACGGAUUUGACAUGCCGGAGAUCCGUCUCCGCCACGUCGUGUCCUGCAGCAGCCAGGACUCGACCCACUGUGCAGAAAACUUGCUAAAAGCAGACACUUACCGGAAAUGGCGGGCUGCCAAGGCAGGAGAAAAGACUAUCUCCGUGGUCCUACAGUUGGAGAAGGAGGAGCAGAUCCACAGCCUGGACAUCGGCAAUGACGGCUCGGCCUUCGUGGAGGUGCUGGUGGGCAGCUCAGCAGCCGGGACCAGCGAGCAAGACUAUGAGGUUCUUCUGGUCACCUCGUCCUUCAUGUCCCCUUCCGAGAGUCGCAGUGGCUCCAACCUCAACCGCGUCCGCAUAUUUGGGUCUGACAAGUUGGUCCGGGCCGCUGCGGAGAAGCGCUGGGACCGUGUGAAGAUUGUGUGUAGCCAGCCUUACAGCAAGGACUCCCCCUACGGCCUUAGUUUUAUACGGCUUCACAGCCCCCCAGACAAAGAGGAGGCCGAGGCCCCUGCCCAGAAGGGGACCGUGACCAAGCUCGGCCAGUUCAGAGUGAAGGAGGAGGACGAGAGCGCCAGCUCCCUGCGGCCCGGCUCGCUCUUCUUUAGCCGCAUCAGCAAGGCGUCCCCAGCCACCUCCAGCGAGCCUGCCGGGCCCAGCUACGCUGCGGCCACACUGCAGGCCUCGAGCUCCGCCGCCGCCGCCUCUGCUUCUCCCACGUCCAAGGCUACAGGCAGCGCUUCCAAGCCUCAGGAGCCCCCCAAAGGGAAGAGGAAGUUGGAUUUGAACAUAGAAGAAAGGAAGGCCCCUAGCAAACCAUCAGCCCAGCUUUUGUCACCCACCCUCAAGAAGCCCAAAUUGCAAACUCCCACCCGGGCCCCAACUGCAGCCCCCGUGUCCACCCCAGUGCCGGCCUCUGUACCAGAGAAGCCUCGGGGAGAAGGCCCUAAGCCCAAGGUCGCCCGGGCCGGCGCACAGGAGCUGGGGAAGGUGCUUCAGGGCGUGGUAGUGGUGCUGAGCGGCUUCCAGAACCCCUUCCGCUCCGAGCUGCGGGACAAGGCCCUGGAGCUGGGGGCCAAGUACCGGCCAGACUGGACCCCGGACAGCACCCACCUCAUCUGUGCCUUUGCCAACACCCCCAAGUACAGCCAGGUCCUGGGCCUGGGAGGCCGCAUUGUGCGCAAAGAGUGGGUGCUGGACUGUCACCGCAUGCGCCGGAGGCUCCCCUCCCGAAGGUACCUCAUGGCGGGGCCUGGCUCCAGCAGUGAGGACGAGGGGGGCUCCGACAGCGGCAGCAGUGGGGACGAAGCCCCCAAGCGUCCCCGAAAGCGUCCACAGACCAAAGCUAAGCCCCCCCAGGCGCCAGAACCCAGCUCACCCCCGAAGCCCCCAACCCCUGAAAUGACCAAAGCAGCUUCUCCAGGACCCCAGGAAGAUACAGAUAGUGAGGAGCAGCCGGCAGGACAGGACACCGGGGCGGACGAGUCCGGGGACACGGAGGACGAGCUGCGGAGGGUGGCAGAGCAGAGGGAGCAGCGGCAGCCCCCAGCGUCUGGGGAGAACGGCGAGGACCCGUACGCGGGCUCCACGGACGAGAACACGGACCGUGAAGACGACAGGGAGUCCCCGGACCUGCCGGUUCCUGAGCUCCCAGACUUCUUCCAGGGCAAGCACUUCUUCCUGUACGGCGAGUUCCCCGGGGAUGAGCGCCGGAGGCUCGUCCGCUACGUCACGGCCUUCAACGGGGAGCUCGAGGACUAUAUGAGCGACCGAGUCCAGUUUGUGAUCACAGCCCAGGACUGGCAUCCCAGCUUCGAGGAGGCCCUGAUGGAAAACCCUUCCUUGGCGUUCGUCCGUCCCCGAUGGAUCUACUCCUGCAAUGAGAAGCAGAGGCUACUUCCUCACCAGCUGUACGGGGUGGUGCCCCAGGCCUGAGGUGCCCUGCCUGCAUGUGUUACGUACAUGCGCGUGUGUGCACACAGGUGCUUAAUAAAGAAGACUUGGUUU